UACAGGGGAGAAAAAAAUAUGAGUGCCAAGCUUCAACUCCAACUCCGGCGAGAUUGGCCCCAAAUCCGGUGGUGGGAGGCAUCGGGGAGGGGGCUACGGGCCCAUAAAAGAGAGUGGGGGAGCAGGAGCAGCCAAGAUUUGGAGCCGGCGGCCGGAAUCGCGAGGUCCGGCGGGAUCUCGGGCCGAGCUCCACCUGCUGCUGACGGGGAGUGGAGGUGGCGCGAAGGAGCUUGGCGGAGCAGGUGAUGGCGCUAGGGGCUUCGAGGAGUCGGUAGGAGGCCGCGGAGGGGACCAGCGAUUGCGCGGGGAACGACGACGGCGGCCGCGACGGGCACGACCUUGGUGCCGCCAGAUGGGGAGCGUGCGGGAGAGUAGGGAAUGCCGGGGAGGAGGUUCGCGGGGUCGAGGAGGAUCCAGUGGAGGCGCGUGGGCGGCGGCGGCUCGGUCAGGCGGCCGGAAUCGGCGCCGGCGCCGGUGGGUCAGGAGGCGGGCUGGCGCUGAAAGUUCAGUUUCCUGGCAGUUGGCUUCGCGCGUUGCUUUGGGUCGGAUGGGCUGGCCUGCAAUACCCAUAUUGUAUCCGCUGGAGACGUUUUUUUUUUUUCCCCUUCUCCCCAAAUAUGCGUAUUGUAGAUGUUCUUAGAGAACUGCAUUUUUUUUUAAACAGCAGCGGGUGCUCUCUCGAAGUCUCGAGCCUUGGCGGCACCUUCAGAUUACCGUUCAUAGAAACCCCUAUAUAUAAUAAUGUACCAUCUCGGUCCCUGAAGAAACAAUAUUCCGUACUUAAAUUUCACACAAAACUGAGGGGGAAACUAGGAAAGCUAGGGUUUCCCGGAGGGGCAGAAAUGGCAACUCCAGGAAGCAAAGAAACGGGGUUGAAGACGCUAUCCAGCGCGGGAAGCAGCGGAGACGGCGGCGAUGAAGUUACCCCCGCAACACCACCCCGGCUUUCGCCGGUACCAGCACCGUCGCCCUCUCACGAUCCUACGGCGCUUUCCACCUCAACCCCCGCGCUUCAGCCGGUACGGCAGCCGCCGCCUUCCGCCGGCAAGGAUACGAAUGAAGGAUUGGAUAUCGAGGAUUUGGGGGAAAGAAAAGAUGAUGAGGAUUGUGAGGUGGAAGAAGGGGAACUUAUAUAUGACGAGGAGGAUUGGAAAGGUUACUUCUGUACACUGAACAUUAGUUCUUGGGGAAAUUCCAUCCCACAUUACAUUUUUCGGUAUGACUCGGUGCCACUCAACAAGCAUGACUAUUUAUCACGGUGGCAAAACUGGAACCAGCUGUUGGAUGGCAAGAGAACAUACCUCCGACCACGAAAGGGCCGCCUUGUGCUAAAAAAUGUUUUCAGGUGUCCAAAUGCUUGUCCAAGAACAUUAGGAUUCCAGGAAGAACUCUUGGAAUUGGUUCGUGAAUCUUCUAAUGACUACAUCAUCAAGGAGAAGAUCAAGAUUCUCAGUCAGCAUUAUGUGCUCUUCCGAAGAACUCGCAGAGAUGGCAGCUGUUUUUACAGAGCUUUAUUGUUCUCCUACUUGGAGAAUCUUGGACAAAUGCAAGAUAGUCUAGCGGAGGUUACUCGUCUAAUGGAAUGCGUGGAAAUGUGUAGAGAGAAAUUCUCUCAUCUUAAAUGGGAUAAAGCAUACUUCUUAAAUCCUGAAGAAUACUUGUCAUCUGUUGUUUCUUCGAUUUACAAAAAAAGGAAUUAUGUGGCACACCUUGAAUUUCCAAGAAAAGAGUUCUAUCAUUUGGUCAGCUCAGUUGCAAACGGCCUGAGAUCUGACAAGCUGUACGAGAGAAGCCUGGAGGAGAUCAUGUCAUUGAGGAUUAUUUCUUUCCUUAGGUUGCUGACAGAGACUGAGAUACGCACAAAAGAGAUCUACAAGUCAUUUAUCCCUGAAGAAAUGAAUGUCCUCAAGUUCUGUUUGGAAGCUGUGCGUCCCCUCGAUGCUGAAGCCUUUGUUAUACAAAUGAGGGCUCUAACAGGUGCACUCGGUAUCCCGUUGCGUGUGGAAGUUGUGGACAACAGUUUGGCUGGUCGAGCUGUGGAAGUAAAGCAUCUUGAUUUGUUCCCUCCGUCAGAAUCAGGGAAGGGGCCUCUCCAAUUAACUGAAAGCUAUCAUUCCUCAAGCACAGCUACUAAACCACUGGAACGAGGAAGAAGUGACGACUUGUUAUCAUCUGAUGGCACACCCUUGCUGACCUUGCUGAGUAGGCGUGGCCAGUGUGACAUUCUUUAUCCCCAAGUGAACAAACUAUGCUAGUAUGCUCAAUCGGCGAAACUUCCUGUAUGAUGACAUGGAAAUAUACUUAGUCCUAAUACAGUAAGUAGGGUCAUUUGUGCAUCUGCUCAUAAACUAGCAAAAAGAUAGAGGUUGCUUGAUUCUGUAGAAGAUGAUGAUGUUAAGAAAUUGAAGGAAAAAAAUCUUAACUAGGGACUGAGUUAAGUCGACGGUUUGCUCCGUGGUUUUUUGUUCCUAGUGAUGUUGUUCUUAGCUACAUCUGUAUUGGGAUUUUUUUUUUGUCAAUUUCUAAAAAAAAACUUCUGUAUUGGGAGUGAAGCUACAGAUGUGAUAAGAACUUAUGCAGAAUUAGUUGGUUGUUCUUUUAUCA